CUAUCAGCAAUUAGUGUCACGCAGCGUAUUGGUGAUUUAUACUUGAAAACUUCAUGCCUAAUUCAUCGCACGGAAGGAGUAAAAAUAAACACCACAAUAUUUCAUUAACAAAAUUACUAACCUUACUUAAUUUAACUUUCUGUACCUCAUUUUUUUUCAGGUAGCGUUGUCCUGCUUCUCAAUUUAUGUAUUAUAUUCCGUGGUGAGUUCAUCGCCUGGGAGGAAUAAUGAGCCUGCGUUGUGUUUGUGCGCGCGGUACUGACGUUUGUGGCGCCAGCGAUCAACACCUGCUGAUAGGGGCGGGGAGGGGACAGGACCAGCCAGCACACCGCGUGACGUCAUGCCUGGUAACCACCCUAGCAACGUGUAAACAAACGCCAAGUGGAUGUGUGUAUCGCCAGUCCUUGUUUGUGGAGUUGGAGGGAUGGGUGACGAGGAGUGUCUCCGUGGUUCUUUAUAUAAUGUGAACUAUAUGUGAAAGUUGUAAUAUAUUUGAAUGGAUUAUCGUAGAUGUUUAAAAGUUAGCGGUCAAGUACAAACGAAUAAAACCAAUAUUUCGCAUCACGCACUGUAUACUGCGACAUAUCGGGGAAAAAAAAACGGUGGUGAAAGUAACUUGCCUGACAGAUAAAAAAGAAGAAAAGCACAUGAUUUAUGUUUACAAUAAUUAGAAAGGUACAGUUUGUCCGUCCACUUCUGGCGUCCCACCAAGGCCACACCACCGACCUGAUGAUCGAGGGGGCUCCUCACACUAUGCCCGAUACAAGAUCAACAUGAUCGGAAAGGACGUGAGCAGCAGUGGCGGCAGCAGCACCACCACCAUCACCACCACUGCCAUCAAUAUCACCACCAUCACUAUUAAUAACAACAACGCUAACAACGACGACGAGGACAUCAGCGAGCUCAAGUCUCGGUGUUCAGUUAAGACACACGCCUUCCCGUCCACAACUUGUCAGGGACUUGGUCUACCUGUUCCGUGAUCUUUUCCUUUGCUGUGAUGGGCGUGGGCGUCGCCCUGUAGCUUUCUGUCAAAAUGAGUGCCAAAAGGAAGCCUCGCACGCCCACGCCUCCGCCAGUCAUGAAGGAGGACGCGGACGAUGAAAGCGAGGAUGUGUUUGCAGGCAGGCGCGUCUCCGUGUCAGAAUUUGACGGCCAAGACUUUGGCUACGAGAGCGUCAGUUCUCCCGGAGCGUCCAGCACAUCAUCGGAGCCUGCAUACAUUAGAAAGCCAGGAUUUGAACAUCAUGCUCACGAGUUUCGAGCCACCCCUCCCAAGUCCACGGCGUUCACACCGACAAGUGUGAAUGUCAGUCUAGGGGGAAACUUAGCGGGAGGGCAGCCGAUAAGAACCUCCCUUCACAAACCCACGGGCCUCCAGUCACCCACGGGCUCUCUGGGGUCCAAGGGCAGCAAGAAGAAAAAGAGCAACACUCCAGAGGCCCGGGCAGAGAAUGCUAACGCGGAAGCUGACUCACCUUCCCCGAAUCCUGUCAGGCCGAAGCUAAAGAAAGAUCCGCUGCCGAUGAAGAUGCGUGCCUUCCCUCAGAGCUUCUGGCUUCAGCCCAAUAAGAACAAUCUGCCCCCCUCCUGCUCCACUCUGCCGCCCCUCAUCCUCGGCAAGGAUUCCAGCGACAUGUUCGAGAUCCGUCCAGUCACACCGCCUGAAGAGGACCGAGUGGCCACCGCGGAGCAGGCACGAGGGGAGCCUGCCAAGGCGGAAAAGGAGGCAGAGCUGAGGUCCAUCAAAGUAUGCAACCCAGAUCUGCUGUCCAGACUCUUCGACUCCGUGGAGCAGGGAGACAAGAAGCGGGUGGCAGUGGUGCGGAGGGGGAGGCCCCGGAAGCCUCCCUCUACAGUGCUGCCAAGAGUGCUGCGGGAUGACGACCCGUGUCUGGUAAGCACCGUCACGGAAUCCAUCCUGCCACUCCUUCCUGAUAAGACUCCCGUGUCCUCAGGCUCGUCUACCCCGCUUGGUAUCCGCCAAGGGCCCCAGGUGCUGGAGAUGGUGAACCUGCGUGAUGGUGACAGAACCAUCUCCCUGCCCUCCCUGAAUGUGGAACACAAUUACAACCAAAUACUAUCAGAACUAGUACUCAAACUGUAGCUUAAGUUACUGACCCAAGUUGUUCUUCACCUCUAUAUUUUUAAUAUUUUUUGCAAUAUUCCAAAUGAAUGUUUAUUUUUGUUUUUCCUUUUAAUCUGCAAUUUGAAUUUUCCAUAAACUGAUCUAAUGUUUUGUUCCAUUAAGGUAAAAACUUAAAUUCCUGAAAAGUUCUUAUGUAACAGCAAUCUUCUGUAUGAGAGAUGUGAGGCAACUACACAUGCCAAAGAGGGAAUGAUUUGGAAAUUUCUGAGAACUCAAGGAAUCAAUUUAGAUUCUGUUGCUACUUCAUAUUCUUAAGUCUGUAAACCUUGUAACUAUGGCUCCUCAUUCAGUGUCAUACAGAGCCAUUGCUCAAAUCUCAGGUAAAGAUUUAAUCAUUAGAGAACUUCCAACUCAGGAAGGUUUUUUACAUAAGGUUAUUAGACUAGAAAACACUUGUAUUCAGUAAGUACAGGAGUCAUAGCUUCAGGUACCUGCUGGCAGAAGUUUUUAGCAAUUUCUUGUUGGUUUUCAUGAUCUCUUAUAUCAAGAGAAGAAAUGUAUUUUGCUAUAUUUUUGUAGGAAAUUUUCAGAUAUUAAUUGUAAAGUACUUCACAGAUGAUUUCAAAUUUUUUGCACAAAAUUUUAAUUAUCACCAAGACAGAGUCUAGUAGUGGAAGGUUGAAGAUGACAAAAUAUCCUUUUAAGUCAUGUACAAGACUAGCAAUACUUUAAAAAAAACAAAGUAACAUUAUAAACCCAUACAACAAGCACCAGUUUUUUUUCAAUCUUGCAUCCAAGAACAUAAUUGGAAAUUAUAUAAUUCUCUAUUGAAACAAAAUAAUAUGCUUGUAGUCUAAUAUGGAUCAACAAAUUAAAACCUGACUGGCUUUGUUCCAAUUGAGAAAUGGUAUGCACUGUGAGAAAAGGACCAAGGCUGAGCCCCAAAUAACAUCAAGAUUAUUGAGUAUUUCCCAUUGGCUUGUUGACUCAACUUCUGCAUACAGUUAACAAUGUGACUAACAAGUUUAUCUAGGUAUUUGAAAACUCACCCAAACCAUCAGUGAACAGAAUAUGUUGACAAACUUUGCAUCUAGUGAGAAUUUCAGUCCUACAUUGGGAACUAGCAAUUUCCCUUGUGCUAGAUCCUUGACCAAUAAAUUUAUUAUUAUUAUUAUUGAAACAUAAUUAAAAAAUAAUCUCUUAGCUGGUGAACUCAUCCUUCCAUUAUUAAAUUCUUAUCAUUGGUGACAUGUUGAGAGACAGAGCAGCUGGGGUCAGUAUGACUUGAGAUACAAACAGGCACCACAUUUUAAAGUUCCUAGCUGUUCAAACAUGGCUUGGUUUGAGCUUAUUUUGUAGUUUUGUUACAGGAUAGGAUGACUGACACACACACACACACACACACACACACACACACACACACACACACACACACACACACAGCAA